UCGCUGAACCUAACGUAUUGAUCGAUCAAACGAUCGGUAGCUUUAUAAGAGAAACUUCACCACCAGCAGAGCAACAGUCAACCAUGAAGACCCAAGUCCUUGCUAGUUUGCUGCUCUUCUGCGGUGCCAGCGGUUUCGCGCUGUAUCCGACUCUCAAUGAAAAUAUGGAUACUGCCGUGGAUAUGGCGUCAUUGUUUGCAAACCCCCAGACAUAUCUAAGUAUAUACGACGAUUUUGGGAAUAUUGUUAAGAUCGAUAUGAACCUCGAUGAUCCCGAGACGUUAGAAGAAACUAAAAAGGACUUGCGCAAACGCGUCAGCUUCUACCUGUACACAAAAGCGACUCCAAAUAAUCCUGAAAAGUUGUACGUGGAUGACGUCAAUACUCUGAAGAAAAGCCACUUCAAUCCGCAGAAACAGACCGUAAUCAUCACGCACGGGUGGAUGAACUCCUACAAGAGUCAGGCUUGUACCAAGAUUCGCGAUGCUUAUCUUCAAAAGGGCGACUACAACAUCAUCACGGUUGACUGGGCGACGAUAUCAGUCAGGCCGUAUGUUUGGUGCAGUAGGCGAGUCAUGAUGAUCGGCGAGUACGUCGGAAAAUUCAUCAACUUCCUCGAGAAACAUAAAAUGAAUGUGUCUGAGCUGACCAUAGUUGGCCACUCUCUCGGCGCUCACAUUGCCGGAUUGUCAUCCUAUUACUCCAAAACCAAAGCGAAAUACAUCGUCGGCUUGGAUCCAGCACUUCCAAACUUCUAUUUGGCUGAGAAAGGUGCUAGAAUUUCCCAGGGGGACGGCAAAUACGUCAUGAUCAUCCACACGAACGGUGAUUUGCUCGGUUUCAGCAAGUCUCUAGGUGACAUCGACUUCUAUCCAAACGGUGGCAAAUUUCAAAUAGGCUGCGCGGUUGAUGUGGGUGGCGCCUGUUCGCAUAUGCGCGCCGUUCAUUACUUCGCAGAGUCUAUCAACAGCCAGAAAGGUUUCUGGGGACUGCAAUGCAGCGACUACAAUAGUUUCCAACAAGGUAUCUGCAAGAAGCAAUCCACUGCUCUCAUGGGCGGCCAUGAGCCGGACGUCACCGCCAAAGGUCUCCACUACUUGCGCACGUCCAAGGAGGCUCCGUUUGCGUUGGGUCGUUUAUAACUUAGGACGUAAAUGACUUAGUAGUGCAUCUCUUUACAUCCUGGAGCUAGGUACACAACGGCGUGUAGUUGCUCUAUCGAGGGCACAGAAGCUGAAACAGAAUUCGAACCGAUGGGAUUUUUCAAUUUUUGUUUGGGAGGUGAAGACCGUCAAGUCUGUCGAUUUGAAAAUGUACGGUAGAGUUUUUAUAAGUAACUCGUUUGAUAAGUAAUCGUCAAUGUUGCAAUCAAAUGUAAAUUGGAAUUUAAUGUAAAUACGUCACCUGUACAUUGAGAGUUUGCACCUUGGGAUACUAUACUCACGGUGUGAGAAAGAACCUGUUGCUAGGAGAUAUUCUGUUCGGAUAACGGAGCAUUCGGAUGCGGGAGAUUUGUCUCUACUGGACAAUUACAACAAAUUGUUUGGAAAUUCGUGUACCUUAAAUGCGUUUAGAUUAAGUGCGAGCAAUUCGGAAUUUAUUCGAUUUACUUUCGACUUGUGUAUCGAUACAAUCAUUCUUUAUUGUUUACCUAGCACUUCGGAAAACCAGAAAUAAAACUAUAUUUUCACUAACAA